CCCACCACCACCACCACCUGGUUAUACAACAUGUGUGUAAUGCCAGAUGACCCCCCCACCCCCACCAUCACCACCAGGUAAUACAUCAUGGGUGUUUUGCCAGAUGACCCCCCCCCACCAUCACCACCAGGUAAUACAUAAUGAGUGUUUUGCCAGAUGACCCCCCCCCCGCUCCCACCACCACCAGGUAAUACAACAUGAGUGUAUGUGUAUGAUAUGAUUUGUAGUGCCGGCACAUGUGGACGAGCACAUGUGGAACAUUCCUGUCUCCUCUUUUGUAACCACUGCCUCUGUCAUUCUUGAAGGUCAUGGAAGGUCAAGCUAACAUUUCACCUGCUCUGUGGUGUCAAGUAAACAUGAAUAAAAUACUAUUGGGUGUACAUUACAACAUUAAUAACAUAUUAUUGGGUGUACAUUAUAACAUUAAUAACUUACUAUUGAGUGUACAGUACAACAACACAACACAAUUGGGUGUACAGUAAAACAUUAAUAAAAUACUACUGGGUGUACAGUACAAUAACACCACAAUUGGGUGUGUAGUAAAACAAUAACAUAUUUAGUGUACAGUACAAUAACAAAACACAAUUGGGUGUGUAGUAAAACAAUAACAUAUUUAGUGUGCAGUACAAUAACAAAACACAAUUGAGGGUGUAGUAAAACAAUAACAUAUUUAGUGUGCAGUACUAUAACAAAACACAAUUGGGUGUGUAGUAAAAUAAUAACAUAUUUAGUGUACAAUACAAUAACACCACAAUUGGGUGUGUAGUAAAACAAUAACAUAUUUAGUGUACAGUACAAUAACAAAACACAAUUGGGUGUGUAGUAAAACAAUAACAUAUUUAGUGUACAGUACAAUAACACCACAAUUGGGGGUGUAGUAAAAGAAUAACAUAUUUAGUGUGCAGGACUAUAACAAAACACAAUUGGGUGUGUAGUAAAAUAAUAACAUAUUUAGUGUACAGUACAAUAACACCACAAUUGGGUGUGUAGUAAAACAAUAACAUAUUUAGUUUACAGUACAAUAACAAAACACAAUUAGGUGUGUAGUAAAACAAUAACAUAUUUAGUGUACAGUGCAAUAACAAAACACAACUGGGUGUGUCGUAAAAUAAAUAAGAGUAUUGGGUGUACAAUACAAUAACAAAACACAGUGCACAGUAAAACAAAAUAUUGAGUGUACAGUACAAUAACAGGACACAAAUGGGUGUGCAGUAAAAAUUGAUAAAAUAUGGAGUGUACAAUACAAAGAACCAUUGGUUGUGCAGUAAAACAUCAAUAAAAUACUAUUUGGGUGUACAGUACAAUAACACCACACAAAUGGGUGUGCAGUAAAAAAUAAUAAAUUACUAUUGAGUGUACAGUACAAUACAAAGAACAAUUGGUUGUGCAGUAAAACGUUAAUAAAAUACUAUUGGGUGUACAGUACAAUAUAAAGAACAAUUGGUUGUGCAGUAAAACAUUAAUAAAAUACUAUUGUGUGUACAGUACAAUAACACCACAAUUGGGUGUGUAGUAAAACUAACAUAUUUGGUGUACAGUACAAUAACAAAACACAUUUGGGUGUGUCGUAAAAUAAAAUAGUAUCGGGUGUACAAUACAAUAACAAAACACAUUGCACAGUAAAACAAAGUAUUGAGUGUACAGUACAAUAACACGACACAAAUGGGUGUGCAGUAAAAAUUGAUCAAAUAUGGAGUGUACAGUACAAUACCAAGAACCAUUGGUUGUGCAGUAAAACAUCAAUAAAAUAUUAUUUGGGUGUACACUACAAUAACACCACACAAAUGGGUGUGCAGUAAAAAUUAAUAAAUUACUAUUGAGUGUACAGUACAAUACAAAUAACAAUUGGUUGUGCAGUAAAACAUUAAUAAAAUACUAUUGGGUGUACAGUACAAUAUAAAGAACAAUUGGUUGUGCAGUAAAACAUUCAUAAAAUACUAUUGUGUGUACAGUACAAUAACACCACAAUUGGGUGUGUAGUAAAACUAACAUAUUUGGUGUACAAUACAAUAACAAAACACAUUUGGGUGUGUCAUAAAAUAAAAUAGUAUCGGGUGUACAAUACAAUAACAAAACACAUUGCACAGUAAAACAAAGUAUUGAGUGUACAGUACAAUAACACGACACAAAUGGGUGUGCAGUAAAAAUUGAUCAAAUAUGGAGUGUACAAUACAAUACCAAGAACCAUUGGUUGUGCAGUAAAACAUCAAUAAAAUACUAUUUGGGUGUACAGUACAAUAACACCACACAAAUGGGUGUGCAGUAAAAAUUAAUAAAUUACUAUUGAGUGUACAGUACAAUACAAAUAACAAUUGGUUGUGCAGUAAAACAUUAAUAAAAUACUAUUGGGUGUACAGUACAAUAUAAAGAACAAUUGGUUGUGCAGUAAAACAAUAAUAAAAUAAUAUUGGGUGUACAGUACAAUAACACCACAAUUGGGUGUGUAGUAAAACUAACAUAUUUGGUGUACAGUACAAUAACAAAACACAUUUGGGUGUGUAGUAAAAUAAAUAAAAUAGUAUCGGGUAUACAAUACAAUAACAAAACAGAGUGCACAGUAAAACAAAAUAUUGAGUGUACAGUACAAUACCACGACACAAAUGGGUGUGCAGUAAAAAUUAAUACAUUACUAUUGAGUGUACAGUAUGAUACAAAGAACAAUUGGUUGUGCAGUAAAACAAUAAUAAAAUACUAUUGGGUGUGCAGUACAAUAACACCACAAUUGGGUGUGUAGUAAAACUAACAUAUUUGGUGUACAGUACAAUAACAAAACACAUUUGGGUGUGUAGUAAAAUAAAUAAAAUAGUAUCGGGUGUACAAUACAAUAACAAAACAGAGUGCAAAGUAAAACAAAAUAUUGAAUGUACAGUACAAUAACACGACACAAAUGGGUGUGCAGUAAACAUUAAUACAUUACUAUUGAGUGUACAGUAUGAUACAAAGAACAAUUGGUUGUGCAGUAAAACAUUAAUAAAAUACUAUUGGGUGUACAGUACAAUACAAAGAACAAUUGGGUGUGUAGUAAAAAUUUAUAAAAUACUAUUGAGUGUACAGUACAAUACAAGGAACAAUGCAGUAAAACAUUAAUAAAAUACUAUUGGGUGUACAGUAAAACGUUUUAGUCCUGAGAGUGAAAAAUUGCUUUGGAGAGAUUUAUUAAUCUCAGGAGAAUUUAGUGUGAAUUGAAACAAAACCUUGUGUACUGUCAUCAGUACUGAUGACAGUACACAUGUCAUCAUCACACAUGUCGUGUCAUCACACAUGUUGUGUCAUCAUCACACGUGUUGUCAUCACACAUGUUGUCAUCAUCAGACAUGUUGUGUAAUCAUCACACGUGUCAUCACGUGUCAUCACACGUGUUGUGUCAUCAUCAGACAUGUUGUGUAAUCAUCACACGUGUCAUCACAUGUGUCAUCACACGUGUUGUCAUCAUCAGACAUGUGUCAUCAUCACACAUGUUAUGUCAUCGCAUGUGUUAUGUCAUCAUCACUCGUGUUGUGUCAUCAUCACACAUGUUGUGUCAUCAUCACACAUGUUGUGUCAUCAUUACACGUGUUGUCAUCACACGUGUUGUCAUCAUCAGACAUGUUGUGUAAUCAUCACACGUGUCAUCACAUGUGUCAUCACACGUGUUGUCAUCAUCAGACAGGUGUCAUCAUCACACAUGUUAUGUCAUCGCAUGUGUUAUGUCAUCAUCACACGUGUUGUGUCAUCAUCAGACAUGUUGUGUCAUCAUCACACAUGUCAUCACACACGUGUCAUCACACACGUGUCAUCAUCACACGUGUUGUCAUCACACGUGUUGUCAUCAUCAGACGUAUCAUCAUCACACGUUUUGUCAUCACACGUGUCGUCAUCACACGUAUUGUCAUCAUCAGACAUGUGUCAUCAUCACACAUGUUAUGUCAUCGCAUGUGUUAUGUCAUCAUCACACGUGUUGUGUCAUCAUCACACAUGUGUCAUCAUCACACAUGUUGUGUCAUCAUUACACGUGUUGUCAUCACACGUGUUGUCAUCAUCAGACAUGUUGUGUAAUCAUCACACGUGUCAUCACAUGUGUCAUCACACGUGUUGUCAUCAUCAGACAGGUGUCAUCAUCACACAUGUUAUGUCAUCGCAUGUGUUAUGUCAUCAUCACACGUGUUGUGUCAUCAGACAUGUUGUGUCAUCAUCACACAUGUCAUCACACACGUGUCAUCAUCACACGUGUUGUCAUCAUCAGACGUAUCAUCAUCACACAUGUUUUGUCAUCAUCACACGUGUCAUCAUCACACGUGUCGUCAUCACACGUAUUGUCAUCACACGUGUUGUCAUCAUCAGACGUGUCAUCAUCACACACGUUGUGUCAUCAUCACACAUGUGUCAUCACCACACAUGUUGUGUUAUCACACAUGUUGUCAUCCGACAUGGAAUGACUUUGUUGUGUGAUCACACAUGUUGUGUCAUCACAAAUGUUGUGUGAUCACACGUGUUGUUUAAUCACACAUGUUGCGUGUUUACUUGCAUGUGAUAUCAUGUGCGAUAAAAACAUUCCUGCGGCAUGUUAACUUGUGUGUGAUAUCAUGCGCGAUACAAGUGCUCUUGCAGCAUGUUAACUGGUGUGUGAUAUCAUCUUCAAUACUAGCAGUCCUGCAGCGUGUUUACGUGUUUGAUAUAAUUUCCGAUACAAACGGUACUGCAGCAUGUUUAAUAAUGUGUGAUAUCAUGUGUGAUAGAAGCAGUCCUGCAGCGUGUUUACUUGUGUGUGAUAUCAUGUGCGAUACAAGUGCUCUUGCAGCAUGUUAACUGGUGUGUGAUAUCAUCUUCAAUACUAGCAGUCCUGCAGCGUGUUUACUUGCCUGUGGUAUCAUAUGCGAUAAAAGCAUUCCUGCAGCGAGUUUACUUGUUUGUGCUAUCAUGUGCGAUAAAAAUGGUCCUGCAGCAUGUUUACGUGUUUGAUAUCAUUUCCGAUACAAACGGUCCUGCAGCAUGUUUACUAAUGUGUGAUAUCAUGUGUGAUAGAGGCAGUCCUGCUGCGUGUUUACUUGUGUGUGAUAUCAUGUACGAUACAAACGGUCCUCUGGUGUGUGUUUACUUGCGUGCGAUACAAGUGGUCUUGCGGCUCGUUUACUUGUGAUAUGUGCGAUACAAGCAGUCCUGCAACGCGUUUGUGUGUGAUAUCAUGUGCGAUACAAGCCGUCCUGCAGCAUGUUUACUUGUGGACAUGUGAAUGUCCUCCAAAGAAAAACUCAGUUUGUUGUAUGUCAGUCAAGUCCUUUACCAAAGUUGAACAUGCUGGGCUAUAAGCUACUAGGAGCUAACAGCUACACAACAGCUAAGCACAUUAUAGCACACAAGCUAGACUUAGUUAAUGAAAUAUUCUGAUCAGUGGGUGUGAUCAAUAAAACAAAGACAGCAUACAGUAUGUCUACUACAGACUCAUCAUUACAUAGUUGCUUCAAAUCUUCUUCUGUGAAUCUUGAUCACCGCUUCUCAAACAUUCCACUCUACCAAUCAAUACAAGUAUGUGAUAUCAUAUCAGAUCAAUAUCUGUAUCAGCCAAUACUCAAGGUUUCAAUAUUGCUAUCGUGUCGGAAAUGAAGAAAUUGCAGUUCUAUGAUUCUAUUGCCCUACCUCAUCUCUAACUCUUGUCAUAACCUUGAAACUAACUCUUGGGCCAACUCUAAACCUAACUAACUAUUUCCCCAACUGUAAGUGUUGCCAUAACCUUAACCUAACUAACUAUUGCCCUAACUGUAAGUGUUGCCAUAACCUUAACCUAAUUAACUAUUGCCCUAACUGUAAGUGUUGCCAUAACCUUAACCUAACUAACUAUUGCCCUAGUUUUAAGUGUUGCCAUAACCUUAACCUAACUAUUUCCCCAACUGUAAGUGUUGCCAUGACCUUAACCUAACUAACUAUUGCCCUAACUGUAAGUGUUGCCAUAACCUUAACCUAACUAUUUCCCCAACUGUAAGUGUUGCCAUGACCUUAACCUAACUAACUAUUGCCUUAACUGUAAGUGUUGCCAUUACCUAAACCUAACUAACCAUUGCCCUAGUUUUAAGUGUUGCCAUAACCUUAACCUAACUAACCAUUGCCUUAACUGUAAGUGUUGCCAUAACCUUAACCUUAAUUAACCAUUGCCCUAACUAUAAGUGUUGCCAUAACUUUAACCUAACUAACCAUUGCCUUAACUGUAAGUGUUGCCAUAACCUUAACCUAACUAACCAUUGCCUUAACUAUAAGUGUUGCCAUAACCUUAACCUAACUAACCAUUGCCCUAACUGUAAGUGUUGCCAUAACCUUAACCUAACUAACCAUUGCCUUAACUAUAAGUGUUUCCAUAACCUUAACCUAACUAACCAUUGCCCUAACUGUAAGUGUUGCCAUAACCUUAACCUAACUAACUAUUGCCUUAACUGUAAGUGUUGCCAUAACCUUAACCUAACAAACUAUUGCCUUAACUGUAAGUGUUGCCAUGACCUUAACCUAACUAACCAUUGCCUUAACUAUAAGUGUUGCCAUAACCUUAACCUAACUAGCUAUUUCCCCAACUGUAAGUGUUGCCAUAACCUUACCUACCUUCUCUGUAUCCUGGUGUCAAACUGGUGCCUCCUUCUUUCACCCAGACAACAUAUUUUUACCUGCACAGUACCUACCUUCUCUUCAUUGUGUGGUCACGCUGGUGCUUCCUGCUUUUAAGCGGUCAUCUUGAGACGGCAUCGGCUUAGCAGUUCUUUGAAGGCUUGUAAAAUCCAAACCGGAGCAGUUAGAAAACCUCUUUGCGCAACUUUUAAUCAGAAGGGUUCAAUCUCUUUCCUGUGCGAGUUUGAAGCCGACACAACAAGCGCGCUCAGAGGAGAUAAUGUUUGAAAAAAGGUGAUUGGUUUUUACAAAACUUUUGUUUUGAAGGGGUAAUGGCCAACUUCCUGUUGUUUUUUGCUGAAGAAUGUCAAUUAAUGAAAUGUAGGUCUAAAUGAGACCCACAUAGAGGUUUUUGUUUCAUGUCUCUAUGACAUUCCUACCGGAAGUUACAAGCAGUUUUGUCUGUUUUCUUCCCAAGAGCAGUUUUGUCAGUGUUUUAUUCUUAGGGGGCGCUGGAGCGCAAUUUUGAAUUUUGGGGUUUGUUUUUUUUAUUAAAUGGCAAUUUUCGCCAGUCCUGAUGUGUGUGUUAAAUUUGGUGAGUUGAGACAGCAGCAGCAGCAGCAGCAGCAGCGUAGCGGUUCUUUGAAGGCUCGUAAAAUCAAAACCGAAGCAGUUAGAAAAACUCUUUGCGCAACUUUUAAUCAGAAGGGUUCAAUCUCUUUCCUGUGCGAGUUUGAAGCCGACACAACAAAGGCGCUCAGAGGAGAUGUUUGAAAAAAGGUGACAGGUUUUUACAAAACUUUUGUUUUGAAGGGGUAAUUGCCACCUUUCUGUUGAUUUUUGCUGAAGGAUGUUAAUUAGUGAAAUGUAGGUCUAAGUGAGACCUACAUAGAGGUUUUUGUUUCAUGUCUCUACGACAUUCCUACCGGAAGUUACAAGCAGUUUUGUCAGUGUUUUAUUCCUAGGGGGCGCUAGAGCGCAAUUUUGAGUUUUGGGGUUUGGUUUUUUAUUAGAUCGCAAUUUUGACAAGUCCUGAUGUGUGUGUCCAGUUUGGUGAGUUUUGAAGCAUUUUAAGGGGGUCAAAUUACAGCUGAAAGAGGCACAAAUGACUUUUUUUAGGAAACUUGUUUUGAAGGGUUUUUUGCCAACUUCCUGUUGAUUUUUGCUGAAGGAAGUCAGUGUAUGAAAUCUAGGUCUAAGUCAAACCUACAUAGAGUUUUUUGUUUCAUGUCUCUACGACAUUCCUAACGGAAGUUACAAGCAGUUUUUUCUUUGUUUUUUCCUAGGGGGCGCUGGAGAGCAAUUUGGAGUUUUGGGGUUUGGUUUUUUAAUUAGAUGGCAAUUUUUGCCAGUCCUGAUGUAUGUGUAAAAUUUGGUGAGUUUUGAAGCAUGUUAAAGGGGUCAAAUUACAGCUCAAAGAGGCGGCGGUAUUAUAAUAGUAAUAAAACCUUUGAAAUACAACAGGGUCCUCUGUCCCAAAGGGACAUUCGGUCCCUAAAUAUUAACACAUAAACCUUAGGUCAGAUUUGUUAGUAGAAUAAGUGCUGACCAAAUAUAGUUCAUAAGAAGGCACUCAAAUAACUGAUGAAAAAUGACAUUUAAAUAAGUUUCUUGACAUUAAAGUGCACAGCUUCACUCUAGACCAGGGGUCACCAACGUGGUGCCCGCAGGCACCAGGUCGCCCGUAAGGACCAGAUGAGUCGCCCGCUGGCCAAUUCUAAAAAUAGCUCAAAUAGCAGCACUUACCAGUGAGCUGCCUCUAUUUUUUAAACUUUAUUUAUUUACUAGCAAGCUGGUCUCACUUUGCUCGACAUUUUUAAUUCUAAGAGAGACAAAACUCAAAUAGAAUUUAAAAAUCCAAGAAAAUAUUUUAAAGACUUGGUCUUUUCUUGUCUAAAUUCAUUAAUUUUUUUACUUUGCUUCUUAUAACUUUCAGGAAGACAAUUUUAGAGAAAAAAUAUAACCUUAAAAAUGAUUUUAGGAUUUUUAAACACAUAUACCUUUUUACCUUUUAAAUUCCUUCCUCUUCUUUCCUGACAAUUCAAAU